AUGAAGCCCUCCGACCUUCAAUUUCACGCCCUCGUGGCAGCGGCUCUGUUCGCAACAACCGCUUUCGCCGAACAUACUAGCAACUGGGCCGUUCUCGUCUGCACAUCACGAUUCUGGUUCAACUACCGCCACCUCGCCAAUGUCCUCUCCAUGUACCGAACCGUCAAACGUCUCGGUAUUCCCGACUCCCAGAUCAUCCUCAUGCUCCCCGAUGACAUGGCCUGCAACCCCCGCAAUGCCUUCCCCGGAACCGUCUACAGCAAUUCCGACCGCGCCGUUGAUCUCUACGGCGACAACAUCGAGGUCGACUACCGUGGCUAUGAGGUCACUGUCGAGAACUUUAUCCGUCUCCUGACAGAUCGCGUUGGCGCUGAGAUGCCUCGAAGCAAGCGCCUCCUUACCGAUGAUCGAAGCAACAUUCUGGUGUACAUGACCGGUCAUGGAGGAAACGAGUUUCUCAAGUUCCAGGAUGCUGAGGAGAUUGGCGCAUUCGAUCUUGCCAACGCCUUCGAGGAGAUGUGGGAGAAGAAGAGAUACCAUGAAAUCCUCUUCAUGAUCGACACUUGCCAGGCGAACACCAUGUACAGCAGGCUCUACUCCCCCAACAUUAUCGCCACAGGUUCUUCUAAGCUCGACCAAUCGUCUUACUCUCACCAUGCCGACAACGACGUUGGAGUCGCUGUCAUUGAUAGAUACACAUACUACAACUUGGAAUUCCUCGAGAACAACGUCAAAGAUCUCAACAGUCAGAAGACAGUCGGCGAACUGUUUGACAGCUACGAUUACAGCAAGAUCCACUCCCAUGCCGGUGUGCGCUACGACCUAUUCCCCGGUGGUGAAGAGAACGCCCGCAGCCGCCUGAUUACAGAUUUCUUCGGCAACAUCCAAAACGUCGAGGUUGACCGUAGCGGAAACCUGACUCUCGAAGAGGACCUCCUAGCCCUUAGCAAGAAGAUUGCUUUGUUGCGACAAAAAGAGGCAGAGGCUACCAAGGAAACAGUUGAGGACAAGGUGUCUGCACAGGCACCUGCCAGUGCCCCGACUGAGUCUGCCAGGAAGAUUCAAAAACCCAAGGCUUUGACGGAUGACAACUGGUGGACCAAGAAGGUUGUUGGCGCGACAGCGCUGGCAGGCUGUGGGCUUCUCUGGGCCCUGGGGUCUGUUUUGGAGGGUUAA